GAGGCGCACCUGCCUGCUGGGUUGGCCUUGGCCGUGAGGCUCCUCCCUCUGCCAUGCUGGUGGCCGCAGGGAAGCAGGCGAGCAGCACACAGCCAGGGCCCUUAGCCCCUCGCGGAAGGUGUCACUCUUGUGUGUCUGCGGCCAGAGGGGGCCUGGGUCACACGGCUCCAGGACCCCGCCCUGCAGCCCUGGGUUCCUGCUCUGAGCAACCUCAUGUGCACUACUGCCAGGUGGAGGCCGCCAGGCCCUGGGCAGCACGUGGUCUCAAAGGGCCGGCUGUGGCUGUGGGCGUGGCGCGUGGCGCCGCCGUUCCCAGCUAGGUCUGUGGGUGGACGGCCUGGUCUGCGAGUGGGCGGCCUCCGGCGGCCGGGCUGCCGGGAAACCAUGGGUGAGGACUGGAAGAAGCCCUUGGGCCCUGACAGCUCGCACCGCAGGAUGCCUCUGGUGACCCUGGUGCGAACUUUCGGCGGCUUCAAGAUGUCCACACCGGAGGCGCGUCAGGAUCGGCUCCUGGCGACCCUCGACCCACUGGCCUUGGGCAAGAGUUCGCUGCCGUCACCGCCGCAGUCGGAUAUGUACUACAUGCAGGAGGAGGUCUGGGGUGACCAGGAGCCCCUCUCCAAGAUCCCGUUUAAAAUCCUGAGUGGGCACGACCAUGUCGUGAGUUCCUGCCACUUCUGCGUGGAUGACACGAAGCUCCUCAGUGGCUCCUACGACUGCACUGUGAAGCUGUGGAACGCUUUCAAUGGAGCUGUGGAGCGGGAGUUUGAGCACGGGCCCGAAGCGCCUGUCGUGGAGUGCAGCGUCUCGGCUGACAGCAGGAGAGUUAUUGCAGCAUCCUAUGACAAAACAGUGAGGGCCUGGGACCUGGAAACAGGCAAAAUGCUGUGGAAGAUCAGCCACGAUAACUUCAUAGUGUCCUGCAAGCUCUCUCCAGAUGGGAAAUACGUGGUCUCGGGCUUGGACGUGGACCGUGGAAUCUGCAUCACAGACAUGGAAAACGUCACCACGGUGGCUCAUGUGAAAGAUCACCACCAGAGGUCCCUCACGGCGUGCUGCUUUGACCCCGACAGCCAGAAGGUGGCAUCUGUCUCGCUGGACAGGACCAUCAAGAUCUGGGACGUCACCUCCCAGGCCACGCUGCUCACCAUCCCAAAAGCACACGCCAACGCAAUCUCCAACUGCUGUUUUACCUUCAGCGGUCAUUUCCUGUGCACAUGCUCCUGGGAUAAAAGCUUGAAAAUAUGGAAUGUCCACACGGGGGAGUUUCGGAACAGUGGAGCGUGUGUGACUCUGAUGAAGGGCCACGAGGGUUCUGUGAGCUCCUGCUUCUUCGCCAGAGACAGCUCUUUUCUCAUUUCUGGAGGGUUUGACAAGACUGUGGCUAUUUGGGAUAUAACAGAAGGCUACCGGAAGCUGGCCCUGAAGGGUCACAAGGACUGGGUAAUGGAUGUUGCCAUAAGCAGCAACAAGAAAUGGAUUCUGUCUGCUUCAAAGGAUAGAACCAUGAGGAUAUGGAAUAUUGAAGAAAUUGAUGAGAUCCCUUUGGUAAUCAAGCAAAAAAAGGCCAGGGGCUUAAAAGUGCAACAGUGUGAAGGAUGUGACAAGCCCUUCUCCAUCUUCGAGAGUGACUCCUCUUCCGAAAUAUUCACUCAGUGUGUGUUCUGCCGGAUGGAAGCCCAGGACUUGCUGGAAGAUUCUUUGUCACAGUCGGAAGGGGACAGCAACAGCUGAUGGCCCCCGGGCCCUGUAAGUGACCUGAGCACAGGCCACCUGGCACGAGGUUGCCGGCUCUGCAGGGACCUUUCUGCUGGCCCCUCCCAGGCUCAGCGGGCCUCGGUGACACUGGGCUGGGCUCACACCACAGUACCCUUAGGGGAGCAACGCCGAGUCUUCAUGCAGAAUAAAUCGAGAUUCCUGUGGAA